AUGGCGGCCAUGAACACCGAAACAUUAACGGCCAAUGCCUAUGACGAGGUUAAUCACUAUGCGAGCAUGAAGCCAGAGCUCACUCCUACUGUGACAAACCUCACUAUGACGGCUGAAAUGUUUGAGAAGCUCUAUUUGACACCGAAGACUCCGAGAGCGGGUGACAACAUCAGGCGUUUCGCCAAUCCAACGCCAUUGGGGUUCGUGGGCAGUUUCGUGAUAUCUGCCAUGACCUUUUCCAUGGUUCUAAUGGGCUGGGGAGGAGCAGAGGGCUUUUCAGCACUAGCUGGAAUGUUCUUGUUUGUUGGACCUCUUCUACUCCUCUUGACGUUGAUAUUCGAGUUUCUGCUCGGAAACUUCUUCUCAAUGAUGGUAUGCGGGCUGUUCUGUGUGUUUUGGCUAUCAUUUGGUGUGCUGCAGUUUCCGACCUUGGACUUAGCAGGGGCAUAUUCUUCCACUGGCUCCGCAGCAGAGGGAUCGGCAUCACAUGCUUUCAACGCAGUAAUUGCACUAUACCUGGUCGUAUGGGGAUUCGCCCUUGUCACGUUCACGAUCUUUACACUGAAGACCAACAUCGUUUUUGUGGGAAUGUUUGUUACUGUUACGGCAGGCGCAUGGGUCAUGUCAGGCGCCUAUUGGAAGGUCAGCUCAGGAGACUAUGGUUCGGCACACCAACUGGAGACGGCUGCAGGGGCAUUAUUCUUUGUCGCUGGGAGCCUUGGGUGGUAUAUCACAUUUGUCAUCAUGGCCGCCGAGAUGCGGUUGUCAACCAAACUGCCAGUAGGUGAUCUUAGCCAAUACUGGGCACGAACAGACAGAGAUAUUGCUGUCGUUGAGGCAGAAGCUUGA